AUGAAAUUCUUUCUUGCUGCGCUGUUUGCCAGCGCCGUUAGCAGCGUCGCGGUCAACGGCCUUAUCCCCGGCGCCCGAAUCAUCCCUGUCGGCGACCAGGCCGAGUUGAAACGCGUCGGGGCGCACCACCACAAACAUCGCGACCGUCGUACUGUGACCAUUCGGUCGUCGCGCAACGAUACGGAUGAUAUCUCGUCAGACUUCCUGUGGGGCAUCAAGCGGGCCAAUCGUGGUGGACGGCUGCUCCUGAAGAAAGGAGAGAAGUACGUGAUUGGCAAGAGGCUUGACUUGAACUUCUUGGACAAUAUUGAAGUGCAAUUGGAUGGAGAACUGAAGUUCACCGACGACGUGCCCUACUGGCAAGCGAACAACUUCUAUUACGACUUCCAGAAAUCCAUCACCUUCUGGCGCUGGGGAGGUCAGGAUAUCAAGAUUUUUGGCAAGGGAGUGUUGAAUGGCAAUGGACAGCGAUGGUACAAUGAAUUUGCCGGGCAAGAGAUUCUGGACCCCGACAACGAGUACUACCGGCCUAUCCUGUUCGUUACCGAAAACGCGACUCGGGUAUCCGUCGAAGGCAUCACGCAGCUCAACUCGCCGUGCUGGACCAACUUCUUCGUACAGAGCAAAGAUGUCUCGUUUGAUAAUGUGUAUAUCAACGCGUUCUCGACCAAUGCUUCGGCGUUGCCUAAGAACAGCGACGGCUUUGACUCCUUCAACGUGGACGGCCUCAGCGUCACGAACACCCGGGUGAACGUGGGUGAUGACUGCUUCUCGCCCAAGCCUAACACCACCAACGUCUUCGUGCAAAAUCUGUGGUGCAACGGCACCCAUGGAGUUAGUAUGGGCAGUAUCGGACAGUACCCAGGAGUGAUGGAUAUCAUCGAGCAUGCGUACAUUGAGAACGUGACCUUGCUGAAUGGACAGAACGGCGCCCGUCUCAAGGCCUGGGCCGGUGAAGGCGUCGGAUACGGUCGCAUCAACAACAUCACCUACAAGAACAUCCGGAUCGAGAACACCGAUAGCCCAGUCGUGCUUGACCAAUGCUACUUCAACAUUGAGGCGGAGGAGUGCGCGGCGCAUCCGUCUCGGGUCAACGUGACCAACAUUGUCUUCGACAACGUCUACGGUACAUCGACCGGCAAGAAGGGCAAGGUGGUGGCGGAUCUCACCUGCUCGCCGAACUCAGUCUGCUCGAACAUCCGGCUGAAUGACAUCAACAUCACCAGCCCGGCAGGCAGCCCGUCCGUGAUUAUUUGCGACGGCAUUCAGGGUGACAUUGGAGUGGAGUGCCAGGAAAGCAGCUCUUAG